GCGAGCCUCGGCGGCCUCAUCAGUUAGGCUUGCAGUCCCGAGCGACGAGCAUCCUCUGUUACGCAACGUACUUGCUCGCGUGUGCCAUGACAACGGCCUGAGUCGCAUCCAUCGAAGGAGUUUUUGGGCCCGAAGGAGCUGCAGCUGCAGUCAUGCUGUGCAUGGACAUGAAACUGGUCUCACGGCUGCGGGGCCUCUCGGGCAGCUCAGGCAGCUCGGGCAGCUCGGGCUCAUCGUCGAGCAACAGCCAGCAGGGCAGCGCGCAGAGCUGUCCCUCCCCGCCGAUCAUCCAGCAGUCCAGUAGAAUGCCCAGGCGCGGCAGCAGCGGGGGCACUGUCAGCCCCGUCAGCGACGAGCGCGACUGCAGCGACGACGAGUCUAUACCAACCAUCAGGAUCAUCCGCGAGAGAUCCAGAUCCGUCUGCAUGCCCGUGCUCACAUCCUCGCAGCUCAGGCACCUUCACAGGCGGGCCAGCCAUCACAUGUCGUCGACGGACACGGUUGCGCGCAGAGGCGUUCUAUCGCGAAGAUGUUACGGCAGCGUCGAGAUGCUGCCGCAAAUCGAACAGGAUGGGGUGGAUGGCCGUCGAUUCCGCGUCGAGAAUGGUGACUCGCCCGGUGAAAAGGAGGAGAUGUUCGGCUCACCGAGCACGCCUGUAUUGGAGAAUCCCGAGUACCAGACACGUUGGUACUUCAAGUACUUCCUUGGCAAGCUGCAUCAGAAUUACGUCGCAGCAGACCACGAGAGAAACCCUCUCUUCCUAUCGGUGGUCAUCAGCGAGGGCGGCGAUCAGUGCGUGCCUCAUUACCGGGUGAUACUCUGGCGACGAACCGGCGCGAAGAAGAUAUCCCUCCCCUACUCCAGCAAUAGGUCCAUGACCGUCAGGCAGAUACUCAGCAAUUAUUUCAGCAUCGAAAAACUCGACAAGGCGCCGAGGGAAGUAGUCUCGCCAGAGAUUCAGAAGGACCUGCUACUCCUGGAGGAACAAGAGGGGUCAGUCAACUUCAAAUUUGGCGUCAUCUACGCGAAAGAGGGCCAAAGCACCGACGACGAGAUGUUAUCCAACGAAACUGGCAGUCCCGAGUUUAACAAGUUCCUUGAGGUACUCGGUCAGAAGAUCCGACUGCGAGGCUGGGACAAAUAUCGAGGCGGUCUCGACAUAAAAGGUGACAUGACCGGGAAGGAGAGCAUCUACACGGUGUACGCCGGUCACGAGGUCAUGUACCACGUCUCGACGAUGCUGCCACACUCGAGCGACAAUCCCCAGCAGCUGGAACGAAAACGUCACAUCGGCAACGACAUCGUCAACGUCAUCUACACAGACGACCCGAGCCUACUUGAGAGCUUCAAUCCGAACUGCAUCAAGAGCCAGUUCACCCACGUGUUUGCUGUGGUGACGAGCGAGCGCAACGAGGAGGAGUCGGAGGGCUGGCGCAUCGCCAUCUACUGUGACGAGAGCGUACCCCUCUUCGGGCCGAGCCUGCCUUGUCCACCGGUCUUCGAGGACGCUAAUAACUUUCGCGAGUUCCUGCUAGUCAAGUUGAUCAACGGCGAGAAGGCCACCUUUGACACGCCAACGUUCUCGCGCAAGCGCGAACGCACCCUCGACAGCCUGCUGCGGGAUAUGUACCAAGAGCAUAGCCAGGACACCAAGAGCAACAGCAUGCUGAACCGGCGCGCCCUGUCAGACGUGGUCGAGGCGCCGGGCCGCCGGCGCGAGGAGACGCGCGCAGUCGAGAUGGUGCGAGUGGGCCAGGCGCUGAAGCUCGAGGCGAUAGUGCACGGCCUGGCGCCGACCUCGCUGGCUACUGUCGGUCCCCUUAAGCCCCGGCCCUGGGAGCCUCGCUGUAUCUACCCGGACUUUCCCCACGAGGUCGUAUGCGGCGAUGUCUGGGCCGACAGCCGACUCAUCCUCGCCAGCGAGCAUGGCACCUACCUCCUCGAAGACAACAUGUCGCACCGGCUUCUUUUCGACAGGAGCGUGCAGAUCAAGCAGCUCGAUGUGGUGGAACAGCACGGCAUCCUCAUCUUUCGCGCCGGCGAUAAGGACAAGGACUGCAACGUUCACGUCUUCCGGUUGAGCGAGCUCGAGAGCCAGGACGACGAGCAGCUGCAGCAACAGCAGCAGCAGCAGGAUGAAGACGAAGAAGAGGGGCAAGAGGUUGUGGCCUGCGCGGGUCUGCAGAGGAGAAGAAUGAGCGCGAGGACGCGCGCACAUGCCAAGCAGAGAAAGCUCGAGCGUACCAAGGGCUGCCACUUGUAUAGUCUGACGAGGCCCGGUGGCUCGCACCUGAGAAUGUGCGUGGCGGUCGGACGGAGGUUGAGCGUGUUACAGUGGAAACACACCGCCGCCUGGACGACGUGGCGUGCGGAAGCCGACACCGACACCGUUGACGGCUUUAAACUAAUGGGCGAGUUCCAUGCCAGCGAGACUCCCUCGAUAAUGACGAUAAUUGAGAGCCAGGAGCCCGGCCGUGAGUGGAUGAUCUGUUGCGGCCUACGCCACCACUACGAGCUCGUCUACCCCGACACCGCGCCGAGAAGUCUGCACCUUGAGGUCAGCGUCAAGCCGCACCUUGUCGCCGCUCUUGACCUAUGCGAAGACGAGGAGCCCGAGCUGCUUCUCUGCUACAACAAUACCUGCCACUUCCAAAAACUGUCAGACGAAAAUGCAGCGCCAACAGAGUUCGACUUCAACUGGAAUUCGGUGCCUAUUGCCGUAGCCUGUGCCUUUCCAUACGUGAUAGCCUUCACGGCUGACACGAUGGAAAUCCGACUGAUCAUCAACGGCAAUCUAGUCCACACGAUCGCGAUGCCGAACCUCAGUCUCAUAACAUCGAAGCAGGACAUAUUCUUCGCCUCUACAGCUCCAGAGUUCUUCGCCCUUAAACUGGAUAAGGAGGACAUAAGCCAUAGCCCGCCGUCCUCCCAGUCCAGCAUACAGAAUUAUUUAAUGCAAAUAAUGGGUACAUACAAUUUGGCAAGAUUUGAACCUAACUUGGAAACGCCAAGAACAACCAGAUACAACCGCCAAAGAAGACAAAAUAGAGAAGAUUCUUCAGAUUCCAGUAUGGAAAAUGAGAGAUGGCGUAAUAAUUAUGCUGCAGUAGCUGAAAUAUUAAACGAAGCAGAAAAUUAUUCAGAAAUAAGUGAAGAAUCAUUUGUAACUAACCCAUCAUCGUCGACGGAAAGCCCUGAACCUGCAUCAUGGAUCAUCACACAAUGACAAUUGGAGAAUUGAAAUUCUUGAAGGACAAGAAGUUUCUAAUUCAUCACCUGAUUCUGCUGUUCAGAUUGAUAACAGGAUUUCCAUUGAUGAAGCAACUGACUAUGAGUCUGAUUACGAGUACGAAGAUAGGCAAAGAGGAGAUUUAUAUGAACAACUAAUCAACGAGCAAGAUGAUGAGUAUGCCAGUGAAGAUGAUGUUAUUAAUUAUCGACAUAUUUUUGAAGAACCAGUGAUUAAUAUCCAAGCUGGAUUAGAGAAAAUACUAAUGGAUGAAGAUGCAAGAGAUGUAAUAAACGCGCAGGUAAAUGUUAGUAAAGCUGAAAUCCUUCUCGCAGUUGUGAAGUUUUCAUUAGUUUACAACUUGUCGCAAUCGGCUAUAGCUGAUUUAUUUAAAAUGCUAAACUUAUUUUUUCUACGUCUGUUUUGCCUCAAUCACGUUACUUGAUUGAUAAAAUAUUCAAUUCUGAAGAUAAUGUUGAUUACCAUGCAAUCUGUCCGAAUUGUAAACAAUAUGUUAAAAAAUUCAAUCGUGAGGAGGUUCAUAGCGCGCGUUGCGGUCCUUGUAAUUUAGUAUUUCGUUUAAAAGAUCCUGCGAAUAGAAAUUUUUUUUCUAUAAUCAAUCCAGAACAUGAGAUAGCUCAUUAUUUAGAAGAAAAUUGGUCUCAUUAUGAAUCUGUUGUUCAAGCACGAAUGGGUGAUGAAGAGAACAUUAAUGAAUUUCAUAAUAGUUUAUUGUAUAAACAACUAAGAAUUUCCUUGCCAGAUGAUAAAAAAGAUAACUUUAUUACUGCGACAUUUAAUAGCGACGGUUCGCCAGUAUUUGAAAGCUCUGCUUUUUCUAUUUGGCCUAUUGAAAUAAUAAUAAAUGAGUUACCUUUCAAGUUGAGGACAUCAAAGGCAAUCGUAUGCGGUUUAUGGUAUGGAAAAAAUAAACCAGAUAUGAAUGUUUUUCUUCAACCGUUUGUUACCAAAAUGAAUUUAUUGGCAAAUGAAGGAAUAGCUUGUAAUAUAAGAAAUACAUUGCAUAAAAUUUAUGUAUAUACUGUAUGUUCGUGUGAUGAUUCCGUAGUACGCUCCAAUGCAAGGACUUACUCAAUACAAUGGUUAUUACGGUUGUAACUGGUGCUUACACCCGGGAUAUUACAUUGCAACUGGAAGAGGUGGUAGUGUCAAGUAUAUUUUACUCGAUGAUGAAAUACAUGAUAGAAACGAAGCGGACACUUUAAGACAUAUGCAAGAAUCUGUUGCCUCUGGACAAUCUGUAUACGGGGUUAUUAAAAACUCUGUUUUAACUGGUUUGAACCAUUUCAAUAUCAUCUCAGGAUUUGUUCCAGAUCCGAUGCAUCGUAUCGAUUUGGGUAUUGCAAAGCAAUUCAUGAAGUAUUGGUUUGACACUAGAAAUAUGCCUUACUCAUUCACUAAUGUUGAAAUUAAUUCAAUUGACAAUGUUUUAAGAGAUCUACAAGUCCCUAGCAAGCUUAGUCGAUACUCUCGCUCGAUACGCGAUCGAAAAUAUUGGAAAGCAAAAGAAUUACAGAAUUGGGUACUGUAUUAUAACACAGUUAUUCUGUUUAUGAUUCCUAGAAUGAGAUGUUACCUUGAACAUUGAUCGUAUUUAGUAAAGGCAUAUUAUAUACUUUUGCAAAGUAAUAUUAGUAGGGAACAGGUACAUGAAGCACAUGGUUUAUUAAACAGAUUUGUAGCAUUAACAGAAUUUUAUUAUUCUCGAAGUGCCAUGACCUUUAAUAUUCAUCAACUGCUUCAUUUAUCACAGUGUCAUCAAUUGGGGUCGUCUGUAUUUGCACUCGGGAUACGGCUUCGAAAACGGUAAUGGGCAAAUUGUUAAGCAGGUACAAGCUGCCAACGGUGUUAUACACCAAAUUUGUAGAAUUAUUGGGACAAAAAGAAGCGAAUUUACUUUAAAGAAAUUUAUGUUGCAAAAUAAUCCUAAUUCAAUAAUUAUUGACUACAUUCAAUAUUUAGAAACAAAAGAUUGCGCAAAAACCUUCAAAACUGAUAUUGGUAGGUAUUUCGGUAAAGCGUCUGUGCCAAAGCGCCGGUGGGUAAGGGAAUUAAAUUUGUCUCAUUCAGCUGUAGUUUAUAAGAAAUUAGUAAAAACGGAAUGUACGUAUUUAUCUUGUAAUAUGAUAAGACUGCGGUCAAAUAAUUCUUUCGCCAAGACAAUUGACAAUCAUUUUGUACAAAUAAUUUUUUUUAUUGUCGACAGUUUAGAUGGAAAUCAUCAGGAAUACACUGUGUGCAAGAGCGUGAAUUAUAGCGAACAUAUUUAAUAACGAUAACAAUAUUCAUGAUUUUCAAAUUAAAAGAAUAGUAGAUAUUAAUCAAGACUUGAGAGUUAUCAAUACUAGCAUGAUAGAUAGAAGUUGUGUAUAUAUGAAUUGCAACAACGAAUUAUUCUUGUGCCCGGUCCCAAACUUACAUUCUUAUUAGAUCUUUCAAUAAGAAGUAGCAAUUCUAAAUUAGUACAUUAAAAUUAUACUGGCAUAAGUUAUACUUCACGAAACGGCGUAUAUAAGUCAGACUACAAAGUCAUAGUGCUAUAAAUAACUUUUUUAAUAAUGUAAUUUUCUCAACAUUUAGAAGUUCAAUAAAAAAUACUUUCUAAAAUGAUUCUUUUCGUUCGUUCGUAGUAUAUUACGAUACUAGUGCGUUAAAGUAGUUUCACCCACGUGGGGACGUUAUAAGUCCCCACGAGGGUGAAAUCCCUUUACCCCCCUAGUAUCGUACGAUAUUUUAUGACACAACGUGCGUAAACCGAGAUUUAGCGAGUGCAUUUUUGCACCAGCGUGCGGUAAAUCGAGGUUUACGCCAAGGCGUGUCAUAAAUUAUUAUAUUCCUAUGAAAAAGUCCUAAUGGCAAUCACAAUUGAUUUUCGAACAAGCUGAAUAUAUGUAAUUACAAAAUGACGUCAUUGUCGCUGAAAGCCGAAAUUAAAAUUGAAAAUGACAUCAUUUUUGAGUUCCUGAUUCUGCCGGAAAAAAAGACGUCAUUGAAGUAGCAUGCUAAAAUGAAAUAAAAAAGACGUCAUUUAUUAGUAGCAAUUAAUUUGGCACAAAUAACCUCAUUUUCAUAUAUCGGUUUUAAACAAACAAAAAAUGACGUUAUUAUUUGUUCCAAUUCCUGACACGUCAAAUGACGUUAUAAAAUGACGUCAUUUUAUGGCGUCAUUAUUUUCAACAGGGACGACCACUACUCAAUUUAUCCAUUACAUGCACAAAAAAUUAAUGACUCUGAUGCAAAAUUAUACCAAAUGCUUCAAGUAUAUGCUACUGCAUUAGAUGUUCGUGCUCAAGACUUAGAUCUAAAAUGUUUUCCAGAUCUAUAUCCAUAUGGAAUGUUCGGACAACAUGAAGAGAGACGUACAAGGUUGAGAGAAUACGAUUUUAUAAGAUCUAGAUUAACUUCAAAACAUUCGCAGUUUAGACUUAUCAUUCAGUAUCUUUUUUAUUUAUUGUUUAAUCAUAAUAUUCGACAAAUUAGUGCCGGAAUUUUCCAUAAAUUAAAUGUUGUGAAUCCUCGGUAUAAGUAUACAGUACAAGAUCUUUUAGACAAAUUAGAACAAGAUCAAUUGGAUUCAAACUUAUCAACUAUAUUUUCUCGAUUACGAGGGACUGAAGCAUAUUGGAAACAAGUAAGAAAUUAUUUGAACUGCAUGAUGAAUGAAUAUGGGCCAGCAACGUUUUUUAUAACCUUAAGUCCUGGUGAAUGGAUGUGGUCAGGAUUGGCAGAAUAUAUACGUGAAGUCAACGGUUGGGAAGAUGAUAAAAGAUCGGUUAGUGAGCUUAUAGCUGUAGAUCCCGUAUCGGCUUCUAGGUACAUACAUAAUAGAUUUAAAGCAAUGUUAGCUUAUAUAAUGUCUUCAGCGCAAUCAAUAGGUAAAGUUAUGCAUUACUAUUACGCUUGCGAAUAUCAAGGCCGAGGAUUACCACAUUAUCAUUGUUUAUUUUGGAUACAAAAUGCCCUAAAGCACCUAAUGAGGACAUACAAAACUUUAUUUUAGAACACAUUACAUGCCGAAUACCUGAUAAACGUGUUUCUCCUGAACUUCAUAGACGUGUUAUGGCUUAUCAACAACAUAAACACAAUAGCUAUUGCAUGCGAAAGAAAAAAACUAAAACUGGUUUUAAAACCGCAUGUCGUUUUAGAUUCCCUCGCCCAGUAACAUCUAAAUUAGUGUUGAGAGAUGUUUCAGUGGCUAUUGCUAAUAAAAGAAAAUUAAAAAAUAAAAGUAGGUUUUAUGAUUUACCUCGAUCGUAAGAAGAGCAAUGUAUAAAUGAUUAUAUGCCUGCUUUUCUGGUAAUUUGGGAAAGAAAUAAUGAUGCGCAAUUUAUUCGUGAUUCUUCUUACUUGUUAACUAAAUAUGUAUCGUUUUAUGGAACUAAAGGAGAAAAAAGCACAGUAGAUUUUUCUGAUAUACAAUCAAACAAAAAUCUCUGCAGUCGCCUUUGGUCUUUUUCAAUGCGGGCUUUAAAUCACAGAGAAUGUGGAGCAAUUGAAGCAGCUGAUACACUCUUAGGACAUCCUCUUCAUGCUACUGAUAGCGAUACGAUAAUUAGAUGGUUAGAUGUAAGAAUGAUUCGAAAUAGAAAACUCAAACCGUUUAAAAAAAUUAAGAAUCUUCCACCAGAAUCAACGGAUAUUUUCUACGAUUCUUUUAUUGACAAUUAUUAUUCAAAAAGGCCAACGCAAUUAGAAGCGCUAUGUUUGUAUGAUUUUGCUAAAUGGUUUGAUAUCAUCAAAAAAAAAGCCAGUAUACAAAGCAGAAUAUUAUGAAAUGGAUGGAGGUCUAUUUUAUAAAAAAAGUAUAAAACCUUACCUCAUUAAUCAUUGUAAGUACAAUCCCGUAAAUGAACCAGAAUCUUAUUACUAUUCGUUAUUGUUAUUAUUUCAACCAUGGAGAGAUACUGAUGAAUUAAAAGGCGGAGAAGAAUCAUAUACAAAUGCAUUCGCAAAAAUACAAUGCAAACUCGCCGAAGCAAUGAAAUAUCACGAUAAAUGCGAAACAAUUAAAAGAAGCUAUGGAAAAGAUGAAUGAGAUAAUUCAGAAUCAAUUAUUAGAAACUCAAGAAAAUGAUGAUAAAUUCAAAUCAGACAAUUUACCAGAAGGUUGCAUCCCAAUUGAUGUAGAAAAUG